UUCUCGUGUGAGUUCCCAGAAACAAAACCGUGAGGGUGUGGUUAGGGCUCAAAGUGGACAAUAUCAUGCUACGGUGGAGUCGAGCCCAGAAUGUGGUGGGGGCCCGGGCCGGGAUGUGACAAGUAGAGUUACAGAAGCUAAAUCUUAUGUUAUGUGUUACUUGCUUCUGGUUCUACUUACGGCUAGGGUAAUCAGAGGUAUUUCUGUCAGUUGCUUUUGAGUAGAAUCAAAUAUGUUUUGGUAUUUAUCUCUAAGACCGAUAUAUGGUGGCAUUGCUGUUAAUAGCAUGUACUUGGGUGAAAAUUAAGGUUAAGCAUUAUAAUAUACCUCUGGCACUUGGAUAACCUUUCUACUUUGUGGAACUUCCAAAUAUGCAACUUCUUUGCUAGUAACAUGGAAAUUUGUUUUGACGAGCAUGUUUAUUUUUUCUCCUUCCCUCUGCGGAGAAAGGGAACUCUAAGGUAAAUUGAUAUUGUUGGAUUUCCCUGUCUUCAAUCAUCAGCCCUACAACUAGUCUUACAACCACUAAGGACUAACAAAUCAGUGUCUGUGUGAAACUUUUGAGGUAGCGGAGCAACAAAGAAUGCACGUUCCUUUCACUUUCAGGAUUUCAGUUUAUCAGAUGGUUUUCUAGGUGGGAGUGGGAGUCAGAUUAAAUUUGUGUACCAAAGUUGGACUCAAAUUGUUUCGGAAUGUCUAUUAAGAUGUAUUUGAACUUACAAUUUUGGGACCCUGGAUUUAUUCAGUCCUGUAUAUCUUGGCAAUCAGGCCUACAAUAAUGCAUUAGUUAGCAUGUUGUAUUUGAAGGAAUUUUUUUUAAUUAAAUCUUUAUUUACCAUGUCGAAGCAAUUAGUAUUUGGUUCUACGUGUUUGAUAAAAGUUGGGUGGAAGGUGCAACCAGUUUGAUUCAAGUGUGUGUUAUCACCGUUCUGUUAGUGCUUAAAUGAAUUGGGUUAGAACUUACCCUGUGGCAGUGGGUUACGAUAACUAAAAGUGUCCCUGUACACCCCUUGAGGAGAAUUAACUACCAGAGUUUAGUAUCUUUGUUUGGUUGAUAAAUGUUUUCAUAUCCAAUAUGCUUUUAUUAAACGAAAAACAGCAGGACUGCCUCAGAAUGACGGUUGUGAAGCGGUAUGUGCUACGAAUGUUCAUAUCAUUGAAGUACAUAACAGCAAACGUAGUGGACAGAAAUAAUGGCAGGAUUGUUGUAUCAGCAUCUACAGUUGAACAUUCAAUCAAGGGCUCACUUGAAUGUGGAAGGUCUUGCAACGCAAAGGCAGGGGCAGUUGUUGGAGAGGUGUUGGCUAGGAGACUCAAGGUGGAAGGUCUUGAUGAGGGACAGGGACGAGGGAUUCACGUCAAUGUAAAUAACGAAGUCGAGAAGAAGGGUUUUAGGAACCGCACCAAGAUUUGGGCUAUCGUCAAUGCUCUUAAGAACAACGGAGUCAAACUCAUUCUUGAUGAUAACGAUGAAAAUACUUCUCGGUCGGGAACAAAGUGACUCAGGGUGAUGUUUGAGGUUUUAUUUGCAACAACCUUUACCAGCAAAUCUUGCAGCAUCUUCAAAUGGGAUAAAUUGGCUCAGAAUUGAAUGUUAUGCUUUGUCAGGGAGUUGGUGUCAUGCAUUCCUUCUCAUGAAGUUGUAUUGAUAGUGAGUCGGUGGGGGUUCGUGGGAGGACUUUCACCAAACUGCCAAAUUUAAAAAGUUUUGACCGUCGGCUCUCUCAAUCCUGAAUUCUGAUGGAUAUCAAAACUUUUUUUUAUUUUUUUUUAUCGAAGCGUUAAAUUUUGUUAAAUUAAUCAUCGACAAAAUUCAACACUUGAUUAGUUAAUCAUUUGUGAGUCAAAUUUUCACAUGUUGAAGAACAUUGCUCAUUUGUUCUGUUCAGUAAUAUUCCUCCGUUACAUGUUAA